AUGAAUGCCCCUCCAGCGCUCGGGUAUCCGCCCGGCGUGUCGCUGGCGACAGCAAACCAAAACUCUCCUACAGCUGCCAGUUUUGGCUCCAAUAAUCCUUUCAGAAACCGUGCUCUAUCCCCUGCUACAACUGGAUCAGGUGCAAGUGCUCGUCCAGAACGCCCUAGAUCGACCAAUCCGUUCCUAGACGACACAGACGCUCUAUCGCCGCAAUCUGCCCCUGGGAUGUCUACGGGUGGCACCAUGUUUUCACCAACCGAACGCUCUGACGCGACCAGUCAUACACGGGAUCUUUUUGAGAACCUUUCUAUCAAACCCACCGCCACAGUGGCAGCAGUUCCCGCACCUGCCCCCGUACCUCAAUCAAACAGCCGUGCACCAUUCCCUGACUCCCGUAACUCGGCCAGUCGCCCUCGUCCUCAGGACCGCACAUCUGGACGACGUGAAUCAUCUGGACGACAUGAGUCCAAGGCGAAGGAUCCUCUCAACAUCUUCGCAGACCCACCCAGUCUAUCCAAGGCAUCCACCAUGGGUCCCUCGGGCAAAUCCUCUUCUCGCCGACCCCGUCGAAACUCAGAGUCCUCCGUGAUGGACCGGGCAUCGAAACUGUUUGACGAUGAGGAUGAGAAGCGCCGACGAGAGCGACGCCGUGAACGUGAGCGUCGAGAUGGCAAGCCCCGUUCUUCUCGUAAGGACCGUCGUUUGGAUAUUAUCGAUAAGUUGGACGUUACAAGCAUCUACGGUACUGGCAUGUUCCAUCACGAUGGUCCGUUCGAUGCAUGCAACCCCCACCGCAAUCGUAAGGGCGUGCGAACUGCGCCCAUGCAGGCUUUCCCCAAGAACUCAAGCAACAUGGCUCUGGGUGGAUCAGGCCCCAACAAUUCCAACAUUGAUCUGAACCAAUUCCACGGCAGAUCAGUCGAAGGUUACAACGAUUUCAACACCGGUCUUCAACGCACCCAGGAAACUGUCAGCUUCGAUGCCAAAGCCAACUUGGAUCCUGUUCAUGGUUCAGAGAGUAUGGGUCUUGGUACAAGUACCUUCCUGGAUGGUGCCCCUGCUAGUCGGUCUGCCAUUGCAAAACAUGAGGUCGAGGCUGAAAACCAACUGAACGCAAACGGUGGUCUUCAGCGCAAGAAGAGUUUGGCACAGCGACUUCGCGGGCGAAGCGGCACUGGUCGAAUUGCUCCCGGUCGAGUUGGAUCCCCUGGAGAGCCACCUCUGUCACCUCCACAGCAAGGCUCAAGCCACUCAGCGACGUCUCGUGGUAAUGAGCGGAACCCAUUCUUCCAGGACUAUGAUGAGGAGUGGGACAAGAAGGGAUCACGCAUUGCGGAAGCGCGUCUGGAAAGCGGCGGGCGAUACCGAUCAUCUAGUAGCCCCAAGCAGCCCACUGGCUUGGAGCGCAAGAGCACCAACGAACGGGCCUACGAAGAUCAGCAGAAACUCAAUGCCGGUGGUGGUGGCUUUUUGAACCGAAUGAAGAGCUUGCGCAAGCCGCGCCCGGAGCGUCGUACUAGCGAUUAA